GAUGGCAGCCCAGCGUGAGGUGAGGUGGUCGCGGCUAUUACUGUGGAGGUUGUGGCAAGCCCGGGGGGUUCCACAAAACUUGGGAUCGGGUCUGGGCGUAGAAGCGAGAACUUAUUCCCGGAGCGACGGCCCGUACUCGCGCACGGCGCUCUAUGAGCUGCUUGGCGUCGCCUCCACGGCCACGCAGGCGCAGAUCAAGGCGGCUUACUACCGGCAGAGCUUCCUCUACCACCCGGACCGCAACGCCGGGAGCGCCGAGGCUGCCGAGCGCUUCACGCGCAUCUCCCAGGCCUACGUGGUGCUGGGCAGUACCACCCUGCGUCGCAAGUAUGACCGCGGCCUGCUCAGCGACGAGGACCUGCGCGGCCCCGGGGUCCGGCCCUCCAAGACGCCCGCCGCCGACCCCGACUCGCCCCGCACCCAGCCUCCCGCCUCUCGGACCCAGGGCCGCGGUCAGGCCUCAUCGGGAGCCAACCGCACCAUGUUCGACUUUGACGCCUUCUACCAGGCGCACUACGGCGAGCAGCUGGAGCGCGAGCGGCGCCUGAGGGCCCGGCGGGAGGCCCUUCGCAAGCAGCAGGAGGACCGGGCCAAGAAGGGCUUAGGCUGGGACGAGACCCGAGACACGGCUUUAUUCUUGUUUCUGCUCACAGUCUUCAUCAUCAUGGGCUUUCGUUUUUAAUCGGAGAGCGGAGGGAAGGGGAGCAGCCGCGCCCCCACCCCCCCAAGAAAAUGGCCUUUCCUGUCUUCUUGAACCCGUUGCCUCCAUUGUCUACUGUUGUCUACCUCUACUGGGGUCCGAAGGAACUGCUCUCCCCUUUCCUUUCCCCACCCGGCCAGCUUAGCCAUUGACCUGCACAUCCCUACCCCUCUGGUCCAGAAAAGGAGGCUUUUUUGAUGCCCAAGAAAAAGGGCCCCAAUGAGGAGUCCCGAAAGCCCGAGAGUGAGGGGUUUCCUGGAGGCCCUGGGGUGCCUGCUUCCAGAUGUUGUCAAUUUCUGGAACACUUGCUGUGGCUUUCCUGUAAAGCUCCGAGCAAGACUCGUCUGCUCCUGCCCCACGUGUGUAGCGUGGGGCUCCUCUGUAACCUUGAAACGUGCAAUGUGACCAAUUGUGACUGCCAAAAGAAAAAUUCUGGGGUUAUAAGAAACUUGUCUUUCUGUGAGCUCCCCAGGCCACAAGGUGAGACCCAGUGUAGGGUAAGGAUGUGAUCUGUGGGAACCUGGCCAUUCUUUGGUGGUCAGACCCCACUCCGCCUUCUGUUGGUGAUGAGUGUGAGUGGGAAAGAAAGCAAGGUCAUGAGCCUAAGGAAUGAGCCUUCCUGUGCCCAUGCUUAUCUAAUGUAUGACCUCGGAGAAGUUACUCUGUGGGCGUGAUGGCAGAGGAGCAAAUCGUUUGCUCUCUUUCGGUCUGUCACACUUGAUUAUCCACGUUCUAAUAGGCUCAGUGAUUAAAGUAUGAUGCCAGGGACUUCCCUGGCGGUCCAGUGGUUAAGACUCCGCGCUUCCACUGCAGGGGGCGCAGAUUCGAUCCCUGGUUGGAGAACUAAGAUCCCGCAUGCUGCAGCAGCAGGGGGGGAAAAAAAAACAUAUAUAUAUAUAUAUACAUACAUAUAUAUAUAUAUAUAUACACAUAUAUAUAUAUAGUGCCAGUAGAGUCAAGUUUGUCCUUGGGACCCUGUGCCUGGCACCUGGUCAUCCCUUGACCAGCCAGCCCCAUUGAUAACUGUGCAGCUCCUCCCUUCCCAAAAAUAGAGCAACAAACUGGGAGUUUUGAGUCGCCUGAGUGUGGCCCAGCCUCCUGUUUCGCUGGCAGUGCUUAUCGCAGGCCCUACAAGCCAAGUCCUUGAAACAGGGCUACUUGAAGCUGUGGGAAUUGGGGGAGUUUGAGUAGACCGGAUGCUGAGUGACAGGAGGCACAGGAUGGAAGCUCGCUUCCUUAUUCAGAGCUGGCUGAGGGUUUUUUGGUUUUUGUUUGUUUCCUCUUUUCCUAAUUGGUGCAGUGGGUUGUCACUUGGCUAGAGCUGUGGUAAUCCAGUUCUCUUAACCAUGAAUCACUGCACGUGGGGUGUGGCUUAGCUGUGAGAUGGUAGGUACUCAGGUAUGUACUGUGGAGCGUAAAGCUGUGGGGUAGGAAAACCUUUGCAGGAGAUCUUCUACAAGGGUAAGGGCCUAAGUAGGUUCUAAACAAAGCCAGAGGUGCUUUGCUAUAUUAACACCAAUUCCUGCACUCCAUCUUUUGUGGCGGUCCUUGGAUAAAUUGGGAGAAACCCAUAGCUGGUGCUAUUUGGUCUCUUGGGAACCAUUCUGUUUUCUCCAGCCUUGGAGGUUGGGGGCAAACUCUUAGUCAUGGCUUUGCAGUGACCAUAUGAUUCAGUAGGAAAGAUUUAAGCCUACUCUGGUUCAGACAUGCUGGGCUCAUGGAGCUUGGUUUGGGGGCAAGGGCAUAUGUACUUUAAAAAAGAACAUUUAAUGUUAUUAUGUUUCAUAUCUGGAAAACAAGAGGGAAAGUCUUUUCAAAACACAAACUACAGGAAGUGAAGCUUAGUAAAAGGUACAGAGGCUGGUGAUUCUCAACCAAGGAGUUGGGGCAUAACGGAGUGUCCUUGGGGCAAGAUUCUAUCAAAGUUUCAAUCAAAUUGAGGUUGGGGUUCUUUUGGGUCUUGUUUGUAAAAGCACUAGUGGUCUGUGAUAAUCUGGGAUCUUUCUCAUGGGCUCUUUGACAUAGAUCUCUCAAGUUUGUUUUCUCUCAGUGAAGAUCACAGCGAAGAACAUUCCCUCAGGCCCCAAAACGUGGAGGUAGACCCAGAAGGUUCGGAGUGGUGGGGUCCAGACUCUGUGAAACUUCUGGAACAUUCCAUGCAACUCCAAACAGGGUAGUCAAUAAAAUUUAUUAAUCAUCCAA